AUGUUUAGCAAUCCACCAGAUGAAAAUGAAAAGGAACUAGAGAGAAUAUUUGAGGAGAAGCUGUAUGUGGGCAAAAAGCACCCGCUGGCAGAUGUAAGUAAUAUUCAAAUGAAGGGUAUCGGCAAAAGUGAUUUUCAUCAUACGGAUUUUAUCAAGGGUUUUGAGGAUAGAAGGAUAUUUGGAGGGAAACCACAGAGCAUUAACUCAAUGAAGGAUAAUAACAGCAUUGUGUUAAAGGAGACUACUACUGCGUAUGAUGAGGUAGACAAAGAGAACGCUGAUGAGAUAUCACAUGACAGAUAUAUAUUGUCGGGGCUGCCCAAGGAAACAGCAUUGGAGGGGAUAUAUGAGGAUUUAGAAUUGAGAGAUGUGUUGAAAACAAAAGAGAUGUUAAUGAGCAAUGAAAUUAAGGGCAUUAACCAUAAUGCUAAUAAGCCAGAAAGGAAGGUAUCUUUUGACACACACGCUGAUGUAAUUGACAUUUGUAGUGAUGUUACACCUGAGAAUAAAGCCAAUGUUGUUGGCAAUGCUGUUGAUGUGAAUGAUAAAGACAGGGUUGCUAGCAUUAAUAGCCUUGCUGAUAAGACAAACAAGAUUGAUAAGAUUCAUAGGCUUGAAAAAGAAUUCCAAAAUAUGAUACAAACACACAAAGAUACUCUCAAAGUCAAGUCAAAAGUGUACAAGUUCAUUUAUAAUGAAAUAUACACAUUAAGGUCUGAGCUUAGCAGAAAAGUUGACAGUCUGGAAAGGGAGAAUGCAUGUCUCGGGGAAAAGAUUAAAGAGUUAGAAACGGAAAGGGAGCAUUUAAAAGACGAGAUUGUCGAUCUGAAAGGUAAAAUAGAGAAAUUUAAGGAAUGCUUUAGAUCUUACAACACUAAAGUAACAGAAAAGGCAAUGCUGUGGAAAGGCAUGAUAGAGUCAAAGGUAAAGGAGUAUUUAAAGAAGAUAAAUAAAUAA